CUUCUCAGGUGCUGCUGCUGGCCAGGAGCCCCAUUCACCCAGAGCACCGCACAAGCAGGGUAUCCUCUAGAGAAGGCUACUCCAGAAGUCAAAAUAGCAUGAAAUUUAAUUUUCCGCCUAUCUGACAAGGCUUGGUUGGGGCCCCAAUCAGCCGUGGAGAUAAGGGUCCUCGGCCGGGUGUGAGCCAGCUGGGCGUGCAGCAAACACUCUACUGUCCCCAGGCAGGCCCAGGCUCCCCCUCGCUGGGCCCUGGUUGCCGGGCGCUAAAGCAAACGGAUUCUAUUUGCCCAGUCUGCGAUGACAAUGCAGUCCCCAAAUAUUUGCCAGCCCGGCCGGCAGCAAAGCGCGGCUAUAAAUGCUUGAGCCCAGGUGGAGGUGGGCCUGCCCGGCAGAGCUGCAGGACUCACAGCGGCACCUGCUGCCCCAGAGGCCCCAGAAGCUCCAACGUGGAGGACAUGGCCACAGGCGUGAUCCGACCUCUCUGUGACUUCCAGCUGCCCCUGACUUCCCUUCAGCCCUUCCUGCCCCUGGACCCAGAGCCCCCAGACACUUCUGAGGAGGAGGAGGAGGAAGAGGAGGGGGAGGAGGAAGAAGAAGAGGAUCUGGAGGGUGAGGGGCCAGGGUCCCACAGCCCAACUCCCCAGAACUCAGGUUGGGCCACAGUUGCCCCAGAAGAGGCCCCUCCAGGUCUGAGCAGCAUGGAGAUGCCACUGCAGCUGCUGCGGUUCUCUGAGCUCAUCAGCGGGGACAUCCAGAGGUACUUCGGCCGCAAGGACAGGGGGCAGGACCCAGACGCCUGCGACAUCUAUGCCGACGGCCACCCAGCCCGCAGCUCAGCCAGGGAGCCCUACUGCACGGACCCGGCGCAUCCAGCCCAGGGCGGGCUCCCUGAUGAGGACAGGGCCUCCGGUCCUGGGGCCCACUCUCCCCAGGGCCCCCAGGGGCGGGAGCAGGAGACAGGCCUUUGCGGGGACAGGGUGCAGUCCCUGGGACCGCUGGCUGAGCUGUUCGACUACGGGCUGCGGCAGUUCUCGGGGCCCGGGCUGUCGGCUGGCCCCCAGCUGAGGCUGGAGCAGAAGUACAGCCACAUCACCCCCAUGACCCAGAGGAAGCUGCCCCCCUCCUUCUGGAAGGAGCCGGCACCCAGCCCCCUGGGCCUGCUGCACCCGGGUACGCCCGACUUCAGUGACCUGCUGGCUAGCUGGUCAGUGGAGGCUGGCCCAGAGCUGCCAGGCAGGGGUGCCCAGACCCUGGAGGGGGUACAGCUGGCUGAGGCCUAGUGAGCAGCCAGGGUUGGCGGGUGAGCUGGGGCGGCAGGGGUCUGGGAUCUCCUCAUGGCUGUCCUGCUGGGGGGUGCUCUGGGGCCCUCCAUGGUGGGCAGCCAUCAGGAGGACAGAGCAGCCUAGGACUCUCCCAGGACUCUCCAGGCCUGGGAAGAGGGGCAGGGCUCAUCCUGGGACCUGCAGCUGCGACCCCCAUAGGCCACCAGGGCAGGAAUGUGCAGGGGCUGAAGUCCCCAGCACCUGACCCGGCCACCCUGGCCUCAGCCUUUGGAGCUCUGCCCACAGGAAAAGACGACAGGGCAGGAGCUGUGGCCACCUGGAGACUAUGGGCUCAGGGGAAGGAUGCACUGUGCCCAUCCAGACCAGCCCCUGAGACUCCCAAGGGCAACCAUCCCACUGCCUGACCGCUGGCUAGUCCCAGGCAGCCCGUCCUAAAGCAGGUGGCAGGACCAGUUACCCAGAUGAGCCGAGAGUUUUUUUGGAGAGGCAGGAGGAGGAGGCGCAGCUGAGUGGAUGAGCAAACACACUGUUUGCUCCCUGCAUUAGGACAGGAAGAGAUGAUUCCCUGUUGGGUGCCUUGCAGGUUUGAAGGGCAUGACUGACAGGCAGAGAUCCUGGGCCUUGGCUGGCCUGGCUGCUGGGGAACCCAGCUGGGAGUGGGUGUGGAUUCUGGGCCUCUGGGCCUGUUCGUGGGAAGACCCAGGAAAACGGCUGGGCCUGGGGCUUAGCUGGGCUUGGUCAAGAGAAGGGCAUCUUGGGAGUCUGAGGAUGGACAGGCUUCAAGGAUGGGUCCUCUUGGUCACUCCAGCUGCCUGGUCCUCCUGACCCCCUGGAGGGAGUCUGCACUCUGACAGAUACGGGAGCUGGCAGGUUUAUUUCUGACAAGGGGGAAAGGAUGUGAACUGGUGGGCAGGCUCCUGGCCAAGGGACCUCUCCAAGACUGUUCUUGGCCUCCGCUGGGCCACCUGGUUCAUGAGGACCGCCUUCCACUGCAGCCACCUGCCCAGAAACAUGGCCUAUGACCCACUGCCCUUGGGGCCUCCCCCAGACCCGAGCCCAGACCCGGAGGGGCCUCUAGAAGGCAGCUCCCCGCUGCUCACCUCACAGCCUGAUACAAGCCCCAG